CACCCUGGUCUCCCCUGAGCAGAGGGACCCGCACGCAGAGACCUUCUCCCGGCUCCUGGCACCAUGGCCCCCCUGAAGACGCUGCUCCUGGUCAGCCUCCUCCUGGGGGCUCUCCUGCAGGAUGCCCACGCAGCUCGAGCAGGCAGCGUGGGCCGGGAGUGCUGCCUACAGUUCUACAAAGGAUCCAUUCCCAAAAAGGCGCUCAUGGAUUGGUACCCGACCUCGGGCGAUUGUCCCAACAAUGCCAUUGUGCUGGUGACUCGCUCUGGCAGAUCCAUUUGUGCAAACCCCAAGGACAAAAAGGUGAAGAAGGCAGUGAGGUACUUGCAGAAACACAUGAAGUCACCUAAUCUGGCCUUGCAGGAGUCUUGACCCCUCCUGGACCUCUUGUAUACCUCCCGCCUCCAUGUUCAUUACCCCAAUCCCCAGCUCCUGGAGCCAGAGGAGGCCCUGCAAGGAUAAAGAGGUCCCUUGUCCCCUUUUCUGAUUAAAGUCUUUCUCCUCCA